AACCUGAAAGUUUGAAACCUCACAAUCCAUAAAAUUCACCUGUUUCACAAACAAGUCAAAUCAAAAUAAACAAGUUUUAUUGGUAAUUGUUUUAUUUUUGAUGGAAUGCUGACUACUGAGACAUAAAAAAUGGAGGAUUCGCCUGGUUGCCCUAGGCAUUAUUCACCUGUCGUCGUUCAUGAAAGCCCUUCUUGGACUCAGAAAAACUUGACAGGAAUAGCAAGACAGCUAAAAGAUAAUUCUGCUGAUCUGUAUAACUGUGUUCAAAGAUGGAACCAACAUCAUUUGGCUGGGAUGAAAGUCUUAAAUAACAUCAGAGACCUUAAAUGUAGUGCAAUAGAGAAGAAAGCUGAAAAUCUCGAUUUAUACCCAGAAGGUUUACAAAAGUUAUGUUAUACUUUGUCAGAUUUAUUCGAUCAAAUGUCUGAAGAGGUUAAUCUUUUGAAAGUGAUCAACAAACAAUAUGAAGCGUUACAAAAGUUACAAGACUUGAAAGAAAAUUACGAGCCAGUGUUUAUGACCUGGCAGUUGCAUCAUUUCGUUGAAGUGAGUAGAGAUGUCGCCGAAAGCUAUGAAAAACAGCUCGAGCUGAAUAAUUACACAAAGGAAAACAUUGCUUUCUCAACAAACCCAGAUAGCAUAGACUUCUACAGGAUAUCCUGGCUGUACCAGCCUUUGAUUGAUGAAAAUCUCGACUUUCAAAUUGAAAGUUUGCUCAAAGAAACUGGCCUCAAGUAGAUCUGACAGUUUUGUUGAAUGAAUGGGUAAAAACAAUUUAAUGCUAGUCAUUUAAAAGUUAUUCCGGGGGGGGGGACUGCAGUAGCUGAGUAGUUAGCGUGAUAGACUCGGCUCUUAGACCCUGCUGUCGCCGCUGGAAUUUUGUAUAGAACUCCUCUUCCUAAAUCUACCAGCACUGGUUUGCUGGCUGAUAUGGAAAAUGUACUGGCCUUAAAUAAAUAAGUUAUGCAAGUAAAGAAAAAUUACAAUGGAAUUGUUAGAACAAGGGAAAUACAAAAUUUUAACA